ACUUUAAUCAGAAGCUUCAUAAAACAAGACUUUGUUAUAUCCUACUGUAAUUUAGCUGGGUGUUGCGUGAACGACUGAAGAUAUUACAAUAUUCUGGAUAUUUUUGAGAUGAUAUUGCGAGUACUGACUCACAACAUCAAUUGGGAUAAUCGAGAACUCAAUGAAGCGUGACUACGAGGGAUAGAAAUUAACAAAAACUUUCAGAAAGACAUAUUUGGAAUAUCGUUAUCUUACCAUUCAAAAGAUUAGGUUGAAAUAAAUCUUCACAAUGCUGGCAACUGGGAAUCGGGCGACGCCCGGUACAAGUCGCUCUGCUACCCCAACCUCACCCUCGAAUCCUGAUAUGUCAACACCCGUAGCGGAAAACUGGUGCUAUACGCAAGUGAAAGUUGUGAAAUUCUCGUACAUGUGGACGAUUAACAACUUCAGUUUUUGUCGGGAAGAGAUGGGCGAGGUUUUGAAAAGUUCGACUUUCUCGUCUGGGGCAAACGAUAAAAUGAAAUGGUGUCUGCGAGUGAACCCUAAAGGCUUAGAUGAAGAAUCGAAAGACUACCUAUCCCUCUAUCUACUCCUAGUGUCUUGCCACAAAAGUGAAGUAAGAGCGAAAUUUAAAUUCUCGAUCCUGAACAGUAAACGAGAAGAAACAAAAGCUAUGGAAAGCCAACGAGCGUACAGAUUUGUUCAAGGAAAGGAUUGGGGAUUCAAAAAAUUCAUUCGACGAGAUUUCUUGAUGGAUGAAACAAAUGGAUUAUUGCCGGAUGAUAAAUUGACAUUGUUUUGCGAGGUUAGCGUAGUCCAAGACUCCGUCAACAUAUCCGGCCAAUCGAACAUGAUGCAACUGAAAGUGCCGGACUGCCGACUCGCUGAGGACCUCGAGGGGUUGCUAGAGGGAGGGGACUUCACCGAUUGUACAUUCUUCGUUGAGGGGAAGGAGUUUAAAGCACAUAAGAGUAUAAUAGCAGCCCGAUCCGUUGUUUUUCGAGCCAUGUUCCAGCACGAGAUGGAGGAGAGAAAACUAAACCGGGUCGAAAUUUCCGAUAUUUCUGCCGACGUUUUCCGAGAGAUGUUAAGCUUCCUCUACACUGGAGCGGCUCCAAAUUUAGAUCAAAUGGCGGCAGAGUUACUUGCAGCUGCUGACAAGUACGCCCUCCAGCGGUUGAAAGUAAUGUGCGAAGAGUCUCUUUGUACGAAUCUCUCUGUGGAAAAUGUUGCCGACAUCCUUAUCUUGGCUGAUCUACACAACGCAGACCAAUUGAAAGAAAUGGCGAUCGAUUUUAUUAACAGCCACGCAAUUGAUGUGAUGGAAACCGCAGGCUUCAACUCCAUGGUUCGUUCCCAUCCCCACUUGAUGGCAGUAGCAUUUCGAGCUCUUGCUGCAAUUCAAUCUCCUCCCUCCGGCCCAGCAAGAAAAAGACUCAAGUCAUCAAAUUGAGAAGUUGUUCCAGGUCAAAGAUCAUAAGAACUCAAGCGUGACUGAUAUGCUUCACUGCCUGCGAUUCUGUCUACGCUGAUAAACUUGAUUUUACUCAAAGAGUAUCUAACAGGGGUGCAAAGGUCGUACAAUUUUUAUAUGACAUCUUUAUCUGCGUUCUGCUCAGAACAAUAUUCUUUGCAUGCAGCCACUGUUAUGUGAGGAGCUACGAUAGUAGGGGUUCGGCAUUGCUUGCUCAAUUUAUAACAACCAGCUAUUGUCAUGCUUCAUUGGUUGAGCCAAUCAGAGUCAUUCCUGGCAAUUGUCAUGCUUUACUGGUUCAGCCAAUCAGAAUCAUUCUGGAUACUUGUCAUGCAUCAUUGGUU